AUGGCGCCGGACACGUCCUCAAAUGAGGCAAAUCCAUUGAGCAACCUGCGUUUGCCAGCCACAGAUCACUUAGCCGUGGGCCACACGCUGAGCUCUCGCAGCGCCAAGAGCAUGCACGCCAUCAGCGAGGAUGUGCCUACAAUAAGUCCGACUACUGCCUCACCGCAGGAUGGCGACUGUUUGGAGUCACCUGGUAGCCAGGACGUGAGCAAGUCGACAAAGACAACUGACAUCUUUGGAGACGAGGGCGUGUUCUCGGCGGCGCACAUGAGAAUUCCCUUGAGCGCCCGGAGCACGGGCACACGUGGCGGCCUGGAGGAUGACGAGGGGAUCCCAGCAACCUUGAAGUUCAACAGCAUGAUGACCGACAUCAGCUACGACGAGGGUGUGCAGCCCAUGCACUCCAUGCCGAACUUGACCUAUUGGCAGGGCCGGCGCAACAGCGGCAUCAAGCUUGGAAGAGGUGACGAGGAUGACAUGGAGGAUGCCAUGAUGAUGACCAAGUACCCCAGCAUACUGACGGACUGUGGGGACGAGGGCUGGUACGCGGCCCCGCCACCCCAGCGGCCGGCCAGCACCGGGGGCAUGCAGCACCUUCAGGUGACCGGGGCCCGCGGAGGUCGUCGGAACAGCAACGUCAGCAAUGGCCGCCUCACCCGAGGAGCUGCUGAUUCGGAUGAGGAUGAGGAGCUGAUGUUUGCGAAGCAUGCCAGCAUCGUCACCGACAAUGGGGAUGAGGAGCCGUUUGCAAAGCACAGCAGCCUGGUCACGGACUAUGGGGAGGAGGACGGUGGCCGGGUUGGGCGCAUGCCGACGAACCUGGCCCAAGCUGCCAAGAUCUUCCAAGAUGCUUGCGCGGCCUCCAGUGCCCAGGCUGCGGCGCCAGGAGACCCGCUGGGUAGCUUUGCAGGGGAGGCAGCGGCGCGAGGACACCGGAUUGGCGAAGAGUCGUCCGACGCCUCGCCGGUGUCCGGCACAUCUCCUACAUCCAGGACGCCGAUGACCAUCAACAUCCAGGCCGGGCCGGGCUUCCCUGCCCAGCCCUGGCAGAAUUCCGGGUGCCAGGGCCAAGGGCCGAACCUCCUCAGCCAGCCGCAGUUCGGGCCCCCUUCCUCGCGGCCCAUGCAGCUGCCGGUGUCCGGCGGGGCGUUUGCUCCUCCCCAAGGUACCUUGCUCAAUCUCGUGACGCAGGCGGCGGAAGCUGCAGCCUGCCGCGACGCCUCCUCACGGCCUGCGCCCUUCGGCCGCGCCGAUGAGCCACAGAUCCCCGGAGUGCCACCACGUGCGCUGGAGCAAGCACAGCGAGGGCAGUGGCCAGGGGCGUCGCCCUACAUGUUUGUACCUCCGAACUUCGCCUCAACAUCUCCGUUUGAGAGGGCCGGCUUCCUUUCCUCGCCCUGUGGGAUGGGGGGCUCCCCGCUCCCUGGCAUGCCAAACGCAGUGGCGGCUGCUGCAGCGGCUGGUGCAGGGGUGCAGGAGCUGGAAACCCUCUUGGCCGAGAACAUGCUGCAGCGCCAGCAGUUGGAGCAGAUGAGACUCAUGCAGCUCCAGCAGCAGCAGAUCCAGAUGCAGCAGCAGCUCCGACAGCAGCAGCAUCAGCAGCAGCAGCAGAUGCUGCAGCCCUUUCAAGGAAUGGUCCCGGCUCAGAAUGCAGUCAGGUCACGCCCUGAACGUCCGCGCGGCCAAGAACGGGACAAGAAGCCACCCGUAAAGCGAGGGCAGAGGGAGCGCCAGACCACUGUGAUGCUGCGGAACUUACCGCAGGGGUACAGCCGAGACAUGCUUGUGGAUUUGAUGAACCGAAAUGGGUUCUUUGCCUGUUUCAACUUCGUCUACAUUCCAAUCAAUUUUCGAUCCCAGGCCAUGUUUGGCUAUGCUUUUGUAAACUUUGUCGACGAAGCCCAAGCUCUCCGAGCUCGUGACGCUUUUGAAGGAUUCACGAAUUGGGGCGUGGAGACGGACAAGAUUUGUGAAGUAUCCUGGAGCGAUAUGCACCAGGGCUUGAUGGCCCACGUGAAUCGCUAUCGAAGUAGUCCGGUCAUGCACGAGUCUGUCCCGGAUGAGUACAAACCAGCGGUGUACUCUCAGGGGAGACGCGUCCCCUUCCCCGCGCCAACGAAGCGCAUCCGAGUGCCCCGCAUCCGCCGCGGUCCGGAAGGUGCUGCAGGAGACGGCGACUGCGAAGGAUCCGAAGGAGAGGAUGAUGGUUUGGCAGGAGUGGAUGCCGCCGAUGGAUGA